ACAAGAUCUACAGUAUAGUGUUCAAAAUGGAUGUGACAGGGCUUGGAACAAUACUUCUUGUACUUAUAUCCUGUGUAUUGAUAUUUUCCAGUUGGAAAACAUUUUACCAAAAACAUAACCUUCCUCCAGGUCCUACUCCUCUUCCUUUAAUGGGAAACUUGAUGAAUAUAAAGAAAGGAAAGCUGGUUAGCUCUCUUAUGAAGCUGUGGGAGCAGUAUGGAGCCGUAUAUACAUUGUACUUUGGCACACAACCUGUUAUCGUCCUAUGUGGUUAUGAUGCAGUUAAAGAAGCACUUGUUGAUCAAGCUGAAGCCUUUGGAGCUCGUGGAAAAAUAAGUUCCUUAGAUCCAGUGACCCAGGGCUAUGGAAUCGGUUUUAGCAAUGGAGAACGUUGGAGGCAAAUGCGUCACUUCACGUUAAAGGCCCUGAGGGACUAUGGAAUGGGAAAGAAAAGUAUAGAAGAGAAGAUUCAGGAGGAGGCUCUGUGUUUGGUUGAGGAAUUUAGGAAGUCUGGAGAAAUGCCAAUCAAUCCAUCAACACAUAUUAUGAAAGCUGUGGCUAAUAUAUUCUUUUCCAUUAUGCUUGGAAAUCGGUUUGAGUACAAUAAUGAGACAUUUUCAGCUCUGCUUGCCACACUAGAAGAGAUGUACACACUUAUGAACAACACAUGGAGUCAGAUUGAAAAUGUUCUUCCCAAAUUAAUGGCAUACAUUCCAGGACCCCAUAAGAAGAGAGAUGCCCUUGCAAAAGAACUGAUUUUAUUCUUUCACGAGAGAGUGAAGGCCAACCAAGAGACAUUUGAUCCUAGUGCUCCUAGAGAUUUCAUUGAUGAAUUCCUGAUAAAAAUGGAGCAGGAAAAAAAGAAUCCCAAUUCUGAAUUUACCAUGAGGAACAUAUUAAUGACUUUUUUCAGCAUUUUUAUUGGAGGAACAGAGACAUCUACAACCACUCUGAAGCACGGUCUGCUACUGCUGAUCAAGUAUCCUGAAAUACAAGCUAAGCUUCACAUGGAAAUUGACAAUGUGAUUGGAAGAAACAGAACGGUGAAUUUAAAUGAUCGCAAUUCAAUGCCUUAUAUGGAGGCUGUGAUAAAUGAAAUCCAACGAUUCAGUGACAUUGCCCCUUUGAAUCUUCCAAGAAAGGUCACUAAGGACGUACAGUUUAGAGGGUAUUGCAUCCCGAAGGACACAGAAAUCUACCCAUUGCUAUGUACAGUCCACCGUGAUGCCAAGUACUUUUCCUCUCCAUAUGAAUUUAAUCCUAGCCAUUUUUUAGAUGAACAAGGCAGGUUCAAGAAAAAUGAUGCCUUGAUGGCAUUCUCAGCAGGUAAACGGAUGUGUCCAGGAGAGAGUCUUGCUCGCAUGGAACUCUUUCUUUUCUUUACCACCAUUCUACAGAACUUUACUCUCACCUCACCAACUCAUUUUACUGAGGAUGAUGUAGCCCCAAAAAUGACAGGAAUUAUAAACCAUCCUAUUCAAUAUAAGGCCUCAUUUAUUGCUAACUAAUUAAUCAGUGCUUUUCUCUAAGCCAUCUAGUGCUUAAAGAAUACAGUUAAAUAUAGUUUGCCUUGUAGAUGUAUUUGGGUUGUUGUCAAAAGGGCUGUCUGCUCAGGGGUGUUGCUAGUAAAAACCUAGUGCACAUGCACCUUGUCAUUUGCCCAGUGCCAUAUUUUCAUUAAUGAUUUGAAACAGAAAUAUUUACUGUUUCACUAUUGUGAAAGACAGAAAUAUGUGAACUGAUGUGCAGCAUGUAUAAAUGCCCUCUGAAUGCAGACUGAUGUCAUCAUUUAUGUGUAGCCUUAGUCAUACUGCAAGCUUGCAAGUCCCUUACCAGGUUCUAUAAUGGUCUACGGAAUUGUGUUGCCACUUGUGGAUUCAUAUAAUAUAAAGGAUUAUGCAACAUUUAUUCAUAUCUUUUUGUAAUUUUCAUUCAUUCUGGGUGCAGAGGCUGUCAAAUAAACAUCAGAAUAUCA